AUGGGCAACGUAUCAGAUGAAGACCAUAGUAAGCGAACAAUAUGGACAGUAGCAGAUGAUAAGCUCCUUGCAGCGGCCUACACAAUUAUGAGUAAAGAUUCAGUAGUUGGUAAUGCCCAGAAGAGUGAGUCAUUUUGGAAACGAGUUGUGACAUACUUCAAUGCCAAUCGAACUAAGGGAGCUAAAAAGAGAACUGCGGAGAAAGCAAAAUCACAUUGGGCUUCAUUGAAAAAGAUCGUAAAUAGAUACAAUGGAAUCUACAAUAAAUGGUAUAAUGAUCAACCAAGCAGAUGGAGUAACGAGGAUUUGAUGGUGCGAGCUCAUGAAGAAUAUAAGAAGCGACGGGCUACAAAAAAAGCAAGAACAUCAGAAUCAUCAGGUGCACAUACUGACUCUUCUAAUCCUAACACAACUGCUGAUAUAGAUGAUAGAGAAAUCUGA